CUUCCGGAAGUUAUCGAGGAUAGCAUUUUUGUCACGAGCUCACUUGGAAUUCAAUAUCUCUGGGUAGAUAGAUACUGCAUCAAUCAACAAGACGCAGCGGACAAACACGAGCAGAUCAGCAAUAUGGACGUUAUCUACGCAAAUGCUACCAUUACCAUCAUUGCAGCCGCGGGAAGUGACCCUGAUUAUGGACUGCCUGGAGUGAAUGGCAGAAUGCGGAAACUUCGACCAAAUUUGAAAAUGCGCAAACUUAAUAUCUACGCUUCUCUUCCGCAAGUUUACAUUUCCGUCAAGAAGUCAAAAUGGGCGACUCGAGGUUGGACAUAUCAGGAAGGUUUGCUGUCAAAACGUCGCCUCAUCUUUACAGAUGAGCAAGUGCAUUUCGAUUGUAACAGUAUUUGCUGCGCCGAGGAAUCAAGUCUGUUGCUUGAUCGUAUGUUCACAAGCUCAUCUGGAAAUUCUAUGGCACAUACUGAAAAGGGCGCUUUGCCUCUAAAGAUGUUAGAACCUUUUGACACCUCGCUAAUAUCGCGCCUUAUCGCCGAGUCUAGCAAGCGAGAACUUGGGUACCCUGAAGACACAUUGAAUGCUAUGCAAGGAAUUUUCCGCGUUUUC